AUGGCUCUCGAGUAUGGCAUGGAGCCUUCAUUCCAGUCAUGCACGAUUGAUUGGCGACACAACGACGCCAGCUACAAGUCGUUCACGGUAGUCUACUUCGUGCUCGGAUUUCUGGUGCCGGCUUGCAUCGUCGUGGUCUGCUACCGCACAUCAUCGGCCCACAUCCGGGUCCCAAAGCCAACUUCUGUCCAUCCGCAUGAUAUGAACGAUGAUUUCUGGGCGAACCAGGACACAGUAACCAUGAUGGUGGUGGUCAUCGUGGUCACGUUCUUCGCUGCCUGGACCCCGUACGCUGUGCUCUGUCUGUGGGCCGUGUUUGCCAAGUCUUCGACCGUGCCACAUCUCGUUGCGGUGGUGCCACCGCUGUUUUGCAAGACGGCCAGCGCGAUCAACCCAUUCAUCUACUUCGUCAGCAACCCUCGCAUCCGGACCGACAUACACGCGCUGCUCACCUGCCAAUGCAAGAGCCUCGGCAGGCGCAGCUGUGCCAUCGAAGAGGACUACUGUUAG